AUGGCCAUCUCCGAGAGCAUCAUCCACAGGGAAUCUAAGGUCAUGGCUGUGACAACGAACUUGGGUCCUCCUCGGCUGGACCUCUCCCUUACCAGAGGUCGCCGGGGCACAUUCAGCAGCUUCGGCAGCGACGGCGAACAAGGUUUCUCUCCGCGCCCAGCCAGAUCAUCAAACGACCUCUUUGCGCAAGCACUCAGCCGGAUCGACACCGCGGACUCCGAUUCCGAAUGGGGCGCCGUCCGCGCUCGCGCCAGGGAAAACAACGACAGACAGGGCUUGGGCGACCUCAUUGAAUUCUUCCGGACCAACUCACCGCCACCGCAGCGCUCCGAGCAACGAUCCGUCUUCGAGCACGACGAACCUCAGGACGAGGAGGAGGAGCCCGAAAGAUGGAGGCUAUUCAAGAAGCUGCGCCGCCCGCGCACCCGCGCCAGGUCGGAGUCGCCAGCCCGUCGGCCACGGACCGCGGGACUGCCCAACUCUGCCGUCGCGUCCAAAACGGCGAGCGGAAACUCGCAUAUCGCAAUCUCUAUUCCGUUGGAGUACUGCCACGUAGGACCGGACUCCGACUGGGCGCUCGCCAUCUUCAAUGCCACCCCGCCGCUCCCCCCUACUCCUGCCCGGGGCAGCGAGGAUACCCUCAACGGACAGGUCAGGCCGUAUGCCAGUGAGCGCACCGUGACCGUUCUCAAGACCGUCAGCGAAAAGGGAUCUCUGUCGACACUCAACACCAUGAAUACCAUGAGCACGAAGUCGCAACGUUGCAAGGGGGUCAAGGGCAACGUGUCUAUCUGGCCCAAAGUCAACCCCAACCCCCUGAGCCCGCCCAGGACACCUUACUCAACGCCGCCAGGAAGCCUGCGCGGGAAACCGAGUGUUUCCAAGCCGAAGCGCGAGCGCUUGCCGUUGCCCCCACCGCAGUACGCAGAGCUCCCGGCAUCACCUGUGGUGAUGCCCCAGACCCCCAGCGAGAAUAUCGACAGAGAGUGCUGGAUCUCGGAGAGCCUGUCGCAGUCUGCGAGCCCACAGCACCAAAAGCCAAAGAGCAAGUCUCCAAGGAGACCUCAGAACAUCGUCCUGCCGCCUCGACGUUCGAGCAUCAAGAUUGUGCGGCCCAAGACAAACACCGCGAGAGACAAGCCUUCGAUUGACGGCUUGAUUGGCGGCAGCACAAAGCGUCAGAGUGUCGCUUUUGAUGGGCCGCAGCUCAGCCCAGGGUACUCAGAAGUACCGUCUCUGAGUCCGAGCAUUGCGACGACGGAAUUAUCUGAACCCGUCAUCUCAAGAGCCCGGCCCGCAAGAGCCUACUCGACCGCGUCGGUCGUACUCCAAGAUUCAGAGUCAAUGACGCCAAGACAGUCAUUCACCACCCGACCAGGGAGUAGUGAUACCAACCAAACCACCCUGGUGAAUGGUUCUAUAGCCUCUCGUAAUCCGUCAACGAGGACCGCCGCCUCCAGACAGAGUCGCAGGGACCGCGUCAAGUCUCUGAAGCACAGAGACAUGGAGGCUCUCAGGGCCCUGAAGCAGCUGCAGCAGGAGGAUGACGGCGAAAUCACGCCGAGGCCACAGACAACUGAGACGGUGAUUAGCAACCUCCGCCUCCCUUCUCGGGAUGGCACGUUCGGAAGGAACUUCCGUGGCAUGGAGACAAAGCUCUCUGCUACAAACUUGGCCAACAUGGCUAAGAAGGAUCAGACAUCGUCAAACACCGACUCGAACGGCAAGAUCUCCGACUGGCAGGCCACCCAGCAAGCAGAAACGCCAGGCUGGGAGACCGCGCAGGAGGAGCUGACGCCCGGGUGGGAAACCGCUCGCGAAGAGACACCGACGCCGGACUGGCUGAGCACAAGCCUCCUCAACGACACCAUGGCCGCCGCGGAUUCCGCAGCGAGCAACUUCGACAACAGCCUCUUCAGAGACAGCACUAGUAGCUCUGAACCGCCUCGCCGGUGGGGAAGCUAUCACCGCGGCAGCUGGGCGAGCUCUGUGCCGCUCUUGGACCGGAUAGGCAGCUUCGCGCCUUCCGAUGCAGACGCCGCCCAGGUAGGCCAAGCUGUCGAGGACGGCUCUUCUCCCCCUCGCCCAGCCAGAAUGUCUCGCGCCGACUCGGCAACCCUCUCCCAGGUCGACUCGGCCCGUCUGACCUCUCCGCCCCUGAGUAUAGUCGACGCCGAAGUAGACCUUCCGAGAUCAUCCACAGAGCAAUUCAUCGCCGGCAGCAUCGCGGCGUUUCCAAAGCCUGGCUCGGGGCCAAGGCUCAGUGCAAUCAUGCCUGUGGCCGAAGUCGUGCCCACAGGUCCGAUGGACGAGAGGUGGUCAGCUUCAACCCUCAACUCCCCAAUUACAGUAGUCGGAGUCUCACAUCCCCCUUUCCCAAGCAGCCAGACCACUGUCGCGGCCCAACCUUCCACUUCGACCCAGCUCGCCCGCCCGCACACCGCGGGAAAUACGAACCCAGAGCUCUUCAACACCGCCCGCGGCUCCGCAGACCUGCAACGACGACGCCAGCCAGCAGCCGACGAAGGCGACGCAGCUGAGACCGCCACCCUCCGUCCGAAGAGCCGCGCCCGCGCCGACGUCGACGAAGCACCUGUCGACCUCCUCUCCAUGUCCGCCAGAGAGCUCCGCAACCACUACGCCUCCCUCCGCAGCGCACGGGUCAACGAUCUAGCGCACGAGAUGCUCCUGAACCAGGAACGCCUCGAGAUGCGCAUGCAUCAGCAGGAGCAGAACCAGAUGCUCUUCAUCGACCGUCUGGAGCGUUGCAUGCACGAACUCAGGAGUCUCCCAGGCUCCCCCUUUCUCACAUCCCCACCCCUGGACUGGCCGCUCGACGACGACCACGACUUUGUCUACGAGGAGCACCGCAUCAGCCGGGACGCCCGGCAAGAAAUCCGCGUGCGCAGGACCGGGCGGCUGCAAAGCAGGUCGUCGCAUCACCAGCAUCAUCAGUCCGAGUCCCAGCCGCGUCGGAGGCUUGCAGACAACCGAGACGACUUUCUGGAUUUUGACGGCGCCUUCAUUGACAACCACGACCGCAAUCGCAGACCGCGUCGGCCGUCAACUUCACACAACGCUUCGUCCCGUCGGUCAGGGGCCCCUCGAGCCCGUCGCCACGGCGCCCCCGUCCUCCCUCCCCUCAUCACCCGCGGCGGCUUGGAUUCCCUGGACCCUCUCAUCAGGGAGCUCCAGUUCGCCGCGCGCGUAAGCCAGGAGACAAACCGGACAGAGCGCAUCCGGACGCCGCAGCCCGGUGGUCCGAACGAGUACUAUUACAACAUGAUUUAA